GUGCCGAGUUGCCGCCGUAGAAGAAGAAGUUGCUGCUAUUGGAUCCUCGGAACACUACAGUCCACUUUAUUAACGGAACCGACAGGUAACCAGGUGACAGCCGGACCGGCGGGAUGGACACCGACACAGCGUCUCCGGUAAACCGACCGAAUAACCCGCUGCUGUUGAACUCUGAGCUGUUAACGGCUGAGCUAACGGAGCUAGCCUGUAGAGCAGAGGGGAGGGAGCGCGCACCAAACUCCAUUCAAAAACAAGUGAAGAAUAAACAGACACACUCUGCACAAACUGAACACACAAACUCAAUACAACACUUUAGUGUAACUCAGACCAACACAGAAUUGAAUUCGGCUCUAACACCAAAGGGCUGUGUCUCAGUUUAAUGCCUUAGAUUCGUACUGGUCCGGUUCGUAUCGAGUCACAAGUCUGAGGACAAAUAGGUGAAUCAGAACCAAAAGGUUCAGUCUGAAUGAAUUUGGUAUCACCUGAAUUUUAGAGUUUCGUGUGUUAAACAGAUUUAUUGAAAGCUGUCAGACUGUCGUGUUUAGAGUCUCUGUGGCGGAACAGUGAAAGUAAAAUGAUCAGAUUAUGAAUGGGAUUUGGUGCAGGGUCUGUCCCUGAUGUGUGGUAUUGGCAGCAGUGGAGGCCUGCUGCGCUCCUGAAGCUCCUGAAGCUCCUGAAGCAGAAAACUCCAGAGUUCCGACUCUUUAUAACAAUCAGACUGAGGGGAUUUAUCCUUCAGUUUAAGAUCAUCAGAUUACUUUCAACGAAGUUUGAAUAAAACUCACAGAAAUUAGAAAUAAUGAGAGAAACUUUUUCUGCAGAAUUGAACCAAUCAGGUCGACUCUCAUUUAUUCUCCAUCAGAGCGAACGAUCUGAACGCUUCUCUGUUUCUAAACUUUAGUUUAGAUGAUUCUGGAUCAUUGUCCAUUAAAACAGGAUUUCCAGUGCCCCCCCUAAAAUCAGAUCCAGGAUCUCAAACGCUCCAUUGAAGUCUCUGGUGGGCUCUCCUGUCCCUGCUCUGGUCCCUCCUUCCACUGGUCUGCAUUGUUCCUCUGGUGUCUCUGAUCCUCUGGAGAUCCUCUGUGGGGUUCAGGUCAGACCACAGUCAGUAAACCAGUUCCUGGUAGUUUUGGUACCAAAUCUGGAUCUCCUGAAAUCUUCUGAGCAGAUGAAGCAUGAAGGUCUCUAAACCCUCCUGGUAGACUUGUGUUGACUCUGGACCUGAUCAGAUGCCAUGGUACCCCAAACCAUCACAGACUCAAGACCACUUCACUCUGGACUUCCUUGGAAUCAGGGUCUCUUGUCUUUCUCCAGACUCUCGGACCUGGAUUUCCAAAUUUCCAAAUGGUUUAUGUUGACCCGGCUUUUUAGCUCUUGUCCGGUCUACCUCCGUUUUAAGCGCCCGUUAGUCCUCCAGAGUCUCCGGUAUUUACUUUGUUUUCUUGCUUGUGUCGGCAGUCGUGGCCAAAGGAGGAUUCGGACAAUUUUCCGAACUUUCUGGUUGGUUUCUACUGUCCGAUAUUGUAGCACGCUAACUUUGUUUGGGCUCCUGAACGACACGGGGGAGCAGCGUCUGCCUCACAACCAAUCAGGUUAGAGGAGGUGGAGAACGGCUUUGUUUACAGUCAGAAAGAGCGGACCGCUCAAAAAUGUUCAAAUGUUGACGACACAGACAGAAGAGAACACAGAGAUAUCGAUAUAUUACCAAAGGUCAUCAAUAACUAAUAACUAUUGACUGAUAUUAGAAGGUUUUUGCUUCUUUAACGAACUCCUGUCUCCUCCACCUUUAACUGAGCUUCUUUGUUCUUUUCCUGCUGAUCUCUCUGAGUCUCAGAUUAAAUCAUCAAAUUGUUUGAUGUAAAACUACCUGUGCAGGUUCAUCUUUAAAAAUUUUUGUCCAAUCAGCUCUCAGAGAAACAGUCACAUGAUGUCACAGUUCAGUUCUCGUUUCAGGACGCCGCUGAGGAGAUCUCAGAGGUUCACAUCAAAAUGGAGCCGGACGACGAUUUGGAAAUCCAGUCCUAUUAUGUCCUCAAGAAGCUGUCCGUCAAACUGACUGACUGCUCGCUGUGGCUGAAUGGGCGGGACUUCCUGUUUGUUGGUAAGGCGUUUAAAUUUAGUUGAUCUACAGUCAUGAUAUCUGAAUAGAGCUCUGACCUCUGACCCCCCCCAGAUGACCACCCUCAGCUCUGUCUCCCGAGACGCAGACACUACAAUCUGGCCAACACAGGCAGGAAGAUGGUCUACUGCUUUCAGUGCAACAAGGGUUUCUACAAGAGGUCUCACCUGGAGGCUCACCUGAGAACCCACCAAGGAUUUACCCCGAACCAGUGCUGGCAGUGCGGGAAGACCUACCCGACCCUGAUGAGCCUGGUGCUGCACCAGCAGGUCCACGACCGCAGGGAACCUUACCAAUGCUCCUACUGUGACAAGUCCUUUGCCCUGAAGAGGGACUGGAAAACGCACCACCGCACGCACUCGGGGAUCAAACCCUUUAAGUGCUGGUUCUGUGGGGACGGCUUCAGCCAACAGGACCAGCUCUCAGACCACCUGCAGACACACGAGGGGGAGAAGUGCUACCACUGCAAAGUCUGUGACAAGAUGUUUGUGUCCUACCAGGGCUUCAACUUCCACCGCAGGUCACACAAGAACCCGCAGCCGUUACCCUGCCUGAUCUGCAACAAGACCUUCAGCAACCCGCAGAGCCUGAAGGUGCACCAGGUAACGCACUCGGACAGCAAGCCGCACAAAUGCUCCACCUGCGGGAAAGGCUUCAAGCUGCUGGGCGGUCUGCGCUGCCACCAGAGGACCCAUGAGGACCUGAGAGACUACCAUUGCCCCGAGUGCGGCAAGAGCUUCUCCAGCCUGCAGGGACUCAAGCUACACAACCGCACGCAUACCGGACUCAAGCCCUACAAGUGCUCAGAAUGUGGCAAGCGGUUCACCCAGUCCCCCCACCUCAAGUCCCACAUGGUCACCCACACCGGGGAGAGGCCGUUCCUCUGCACCACCUGUGGGAAGAGGUUCACCCAGUCAUCCCACCUGAGGUCACACAUCACGCUGUUCCACGUGGGCGAGAAGCCGUUCACGUGCGACGACUGUGGGAAGAGCUUCACCAUUGCUCACUACCUGAAGAUGCACCGGCUCAGCCACACCAAGGAGAAGCUGUACCAGUGCUCGUACUGCGAGAAGGCCUUCUCCUACCACAACUCCUGGAGGGCUCACGAACGGAUCCACACCGGGGAGCGACCUUUCAGCUGCCAGGACUGCGGUCAGAGCUUCACCACGUCAGGCUCGCUGCUGAGCCACCAGAGGACCAAACACACCGGAGAGAAGAGCCAUUACUGCUUCACUUGCGGCGAGUUCUUCUUCACCAGCACGCUGCUGCGCGUCCACCAGCUGGACCACACCGGCGAGCGGCCGCACGCCUGCGACUGCGGAAAGACCUUCAAAACCAAAGGAGUGCUGCGCCUGCACCUGAAGAGGUUCAUCGACCACCAGCCGGCCGAGUAAACCCACUGAGACCGCCUGAGGACACACCUGACACCUCAACAGGGGGCGUGGUCACGGACAGGUGCGGUACGGGUUCAUCGGCAGGUGGAACGAAGGGAACACUUCUGAGAUCUGCACCAAAACAAGACCUCCUUUAAAAGACAGAGAUCAGCGUGAAACAGUGACCUUUGACCUCUGUGUGUGAAAGGACAAACAGCAGAAAACCAGGCUGACCACAGGUGAAGAGGUGAACACUGAAACAGACGAAAGGUCCUUACCUACCGGGAGCGUUCAGAUCAGCGACGUUUUCCCGUCCUGCGAUAUUUCGGCAUUUAUUUUUUCGUAUCACGGUCGAUUUUUCUAAAGUUUCUCAGACUGUGUGUCCACUUCUGACCAAUCAGAUUUCCUGUUGUUGCGACGUCAGAUUCACUGGUAUAUCCAACAUGGCCGACCGUCUGAUUGUUUCCGUGUCGGAGAACAGAGUGAUUUUUGAUCAAAGACACAAACAUUACAAAGAUAAUGACCUGAAGGACGACUUGUGGAGAGUCAUAGUGUCGGAUUUCUCCGAUGACGAUGGUUUGUGAGCUUUAACAGUUUGAUAAACGUCUUUGUUUUAACUUUCAUCUGUGCUAAGUAACUUUAGCUCUAAGCUAACCUGUUCAGAUACAACAGACCAUCUGUAUUUUCACUGUAAACUCAGUCACAGCUCCAUCAGGUCUCUGUUGUUCCCUUACGUUUAUGGAUUAUAGUUUAAUGUGUUUAUCUGGUUCUGACCCGACUCAGUCCAUGCUAUCAUGACAGACAGACAUCUCAACACUAGAGUCUGAUCAGAACUGAGAAACACUCAGUCUGCUGUUGGAUCAGUCUUCUCACUGAAGACCCGGACGAGUCUUUUCCCCCGGAAAGUCAUAAAAUCGUAUCAGGCUUGAUGUUUAUAGUCAGUCGUGUCAAAAUUCAGAAUGUUUCUUAAUUUCGCGUCGUAUAUUUGCGUCGUUACCGGUGUGUGAGGACCUUAAAGCAGACGGAAAAAGAAACAGUCUGUAAGGGGCUGAAACAGUCUGUAAGGGGCUGAAACAGUCUGUAAGGGGCUGAAACAGUCUGUAAGGGGCUGAAACAGUCUGUAAGGGGCUGAAACAGUCUGUAAGGGGCUGAAACAGUCUGUAAGGGGCUGCGUUUUGAGUGUUUGGGAUGUUUGAACCCUGAGAUUUUCUGGGUUUUCUGAAUCAACCUGCUGCUUCAUGAACAGGAAGUUUAAGUUUCUUUUACUCCUUCAAACUAAAAGCUGCUUUUCCUCACAGACAGACGAGUUUCCUGCUCUGAGCUGAUGAUGAUCACAUGAAGAAACUCUGAAUCAUCUGUUUUUAUCUAACGUCUCUGAAUGAUCUCCUGUCUGUCCGCUAAGACCAGGUUUGAACUUUGAACCUCCUGACGGUCCUCAGAGACCACAAACCAAAUCAAUGUUUUUAAAAUGUCUCCAUGAGCUGAGAGAGGCUGAAGGACCUGAGGACGUCUGUCUGACAUUAAAAACACUCUCACUCUCUGUCUCAUCCUUUUUCAUCCGUUCACUCACAUGAACACCUGAACCACAGUCUGUGUGUGACUUUAUAUCUCUGUGAGGACAGAGACUGGCUCAGGUACAGUCCUGCACACACACACACACACACACACACACAUACAGGUAACUGAGCAGAACCUGGGUUUGGACCUGUUUCAAUGUGAACUCCUGGUUUUAAGAACAGGUCCAAUAAAAAAGAAGGUCCUGGAAAAGUCAAACGUUCAUUUGAGAUUCUUCACUCACAGAUCAGGACUUCAGGAGAAACCAGCUGGUGGGUUUUGGUUCUGUGGACAGGUACCGGGUUCUGCUGGGAAAGUCCAGUUUGAUUCAUGAUGAGCCGAGUCGUAAUCAUGAAGAUCCAAAUAAAACAGUCCUGAAAUAUUCUCACUGUCUGAGUAAAACACUGCAGAGCUUUACACAGGAAAUGAAUGAGUGUGAGUCCAGAAGCAGACUGACUGACUGAAGUGAACACAUGAACUCCUGAAUGAAAGGAUUAUUUUCCUUCAGAAGUUCAACAUUUCCUCUUUAUUCUGUUUUCUCUCUAAUUUUUCUGUCAUCUGGAGUUUUUCACAUUAAAAUGACUGAAUGAAAAA